AUGUGGGAGUUAUUUAUUUUGCUCUCUCUCUCUCUCUCUCUCUCUCUCUCUCUCUCUCUAAAUACUGUUUUCAAAUUAAUUUGCGCAGGAAUAAAACCAUUUGUGACAAUUUUCCACUGGGACUCUCCUCAAGCUUUGGAAGACCAAUACGGAGGUUUUCUAAGCAACCAUAUAGUGAGGGAUUUUGCCUUCUACGCCGAAGUCCUUUUUAGGGAGUACGGUGACAGGGUUAAGCACUGGAUCACAUUCAACGAGCCGUGGGGCUUUUGCAACAAUGGAUACUCGUCGGGAACAGAUGCGCCGGGCCGAUGCUCCCCAGACGCAGGCAACUGCACUGCCGGGGACUCGAGAACGGAGCCGUACACGGUGUGCCAUCACCAGCUACUAGCCCAUGCAGCCGCUGUUCGGGUGUACAAAGAGAUAUACCAGCCAAAACAGAAGGGUGAAAUAGGUAUAACGUUGGUGUCGCCGUGGUUCGUUCCCUUAUCCUCUACAGGACCCAAUAUUAACGCAAGGCACAGGAUCUUGGAUUUCUUUUAUGGAUGGUUUAUGGAACCGUUAACUCGUGGACACUAUCCGCACAGUAUGAGAGCUGCGCUGGGGAAUCGUCUGCCGCAUUUUACAAAGAAACAGACGAAGAUGGUGAAAGGAGCUUACGACUUCAUCGGAAUCAAUUACUAUGACGCUUUCUAUGCGUUCGAACUUCCCCCGAACAUCAGUAUUGUCCCAGUCUAUCUUAAUGAUUCUCGUGUUGGAAUAACAGGUAUAAACAAAGAUUAUAUAUAUAUAGUCCGUCUACUAUCGAUCGAGUUUUAUACUAUUACAUCUACUUUUUGAUUAUUUUCAUCCGUU